CAUCACUCCCAUUUCAGCCAUUUCAUUUUCUCCGUGACAAACGCCGAGGCACGUCAGGAUUUCUGUCCGUCCAAGCGGCUGUUUUCCGUUUGGAUGACAGAAAGUCAUUAGGACCAACAGCCAUCUCGGGGUCAUGUUAUUGUCGGUGUCCUUCUUCUGAUUCUGGUGACUUUGCAAUAAUAAUAACAAAAAAAAAACUUGUUCAUUGACCGAUGUCAUAAAAUCCUUUCCUUUCUGACGGAGGAAUAUUAUUCAUCUUGGCCACGCCCAUCGCCGCGCAGCCCCAGUGGCCUAAUGGAUAAGGCACUGGCCUCCUAAGCCAGGGAUUGUGGGUUCGAGUCCCAUCUGGGGUGGUUUCCUUUUGUGGAAUUUGUUCUAAAUAUCGCAAUUUUGUUAUUUACAGUUAUUACGGAUUAUCACGCAAACUCGACAUCGUCGUCGCCUUCGGCGAAUGCAUCUGAUCAAUGGAUUUUAACUCGCCUCAAAUAUGAGACCGCUUCAAUCACUCGCACUCCUUCUCCUACAUUUUAGUUCCUCGGCUGAAACGUACACACUGCAAAGGGCCACUGUGACCUGGGAUCCUGCCCAGAAAAGUGUCAUCCUAAAGGAAGGGGUGAUGGAGGCCACAGGGGGAGCAUAUGGGUACUUCAAUGACACCCUGCUCCUCUCUGGAUGGAGUGUCCUAGAGAUCACUGCAGGUUAUGGCGGCGCCCAAGAAGACGAGACCACAUUAUUCUUGGCUGGUUACCUUGAAGGCUACCUCACUGCUAAACAGAUGUUCACCCAUUACUCAAACAUGUUUCCUCAGCUGAUUAAGGAUGAAAAGGUUGUGAAUCCACUGAAAAUCUUCCUCAGCAAACAGAACCAGUGGGCGCGGCAGCAGGUAAAGCUGAGGAGCAAUGGAGAUCCUCUCUGGAAGCACCUGGGAUUGAUCUUGGCCCAGUUGGAUGGUCUCCAUGCUGGAGCAGCUCGGUGGGCCAAAAGUAAACACAGGGAGCCUCUAUCUGCAUUUGCAAUUCAGUUUCUGAAUGGUGUCGGUGACCUGCUGGACCUGGUCCCGGCUCUGACACCCCGUUCCAACUCCUCAAACAGGCCUUUCAGGAUGCCAGGAAUGGGUCACUGCACGGCUCUCAUAAAGGUCCUGCCAGGCUUUGAGAAUUUGCUGCUGGGCCACUCUAGCUGGUACAACUAUGCAGCCACCAUGCGGAUCUAUAAACAUUGGGACUUCAGAUUCUCUGACGCACAUGUGGCCACAGGGAAGACAUCCUUCAGCAGCUACCCCGGCUUCAUGAUGUCCCUGGAUGACUUCUACCUGCUUGGCAGUGGAAUUCUAAUGACACAGACUUCCAACAGUGUCUUCAAUACAUCCCUGUUCUCCCGGCUGAGUCCAUACAGUCUGCUCGCCUGGCAGAGGGUUCGACUGGCCAAUAGUCUCGCUCACACUGGAAACCAGUGGGCCCAAAUCUUCUCCAAAUACAACUCAGGUACAUAUAACAGCCAGUACAUGGUGGUGGACCUCAGCAGGGUUUCUCUGGGUCAUAGCAUCAUGGAUGGAGCGCUGACUAUUGUUGAGCAGAUUCCUGGAAAGGUGACAUACUCUGACCAGAGCGGCGUACUACGCAGAGGAUACUGGCCCUCCUACAAUAUCCCCUUUCAUGAGGACAUCUACACGCAGAGUGGGUUUGGGGUGAUGUGGAAGAGGCACGGAGAAGACUUCUCCUAUGAUCUCUGUCCAAGGGCCAAGAUUCUGCGCAGAGACCAAUCCAAAGUGCAUGACCUGGCCUCCCUCAAACACAUCAUGAGAUACAACAACUUCAAAAGGGAUCCAUAUUCAAAAGGCCAUCCAUGCAAGACCAUCUGUUGCCGCAAUGACCUGAGGCAGAGGAAUCCACGUCCAGGAGGCUGCUAUGAUACCAAGGUUACUGACUACCAGAUGGCUCUCCAGCUGGCCUCAGAGGCCAUAAACGGCCCCACGACACAGGGGGGGCUACGUCCGUUCAUGUGGCAAUCCUUCAACCUCACCGCUCAUCAGGGUCUCCCACGCAUGUACAACUUUAGCUUCACCGCCAUGAAGCCAACGCUAAUCAGUGCGGGGGAGCCGAGAAAUGAGAAUUAAUCCCAUUGAACACUCUGAGGACGGACGGGCCAGUCUUGCUAUUGUUGUCUUGGAAUAGUUUUGAUUUGCUUUAAUAUAAACAGCUAUUUGUGUCUUAACAUAAAUGUUAUUUAGGUCUCGAACCAUACUUAUUCAAUAAGUAUGCAUGAAGAAAGAUGUUGUAUAGUGGACAUUAUUAUUAUUAUUAUUAUUAUUAUUAUUAUUAUUAUUACAGACAUGUGAUAUUAUGUCAGUUACUUUUAGAUGUGCUUUCCAGAAUAUGGUAUUGUGUUGAGGGAUUAAAUAUCUUGUUAUGACAACCCUAACAUUAUUACAUUCCAGGUCCUCGAUGGGAUCCUUAUGCAGUCCUUAAAAGUCGGUCAGGAUUCAAUUUAUUUUUUUGAAAGCUAAAUAUUUUUCCUGUAAUGUUUGGUUGUUCCCAACCUCCUGCCUCAUGCUAUUAGAUUCAUAUCCUUAGGUGGUUUAAGAUAGUUAAUUUUCUUUUUUUUUUUUAAAACUCUCUCUCAGUGUUCUCCAUCUUCAUUACUUUGUCUGUAAUCGGCAGUUGUAUUGAUAUUUUCUGCUAAUCCAUUUCAAUGAAAAAACAAGAAACAAAGAUUUCAAGUUAACGGAGGACAGUUUGAGCGGCUUCGUACAUGAGAGGACAGACGGAAGACAUGGAUGGAGAAUGCCAGCAAUGGAGAAACCAGCUAAAGGGAGAUAAAUGAGAUAAAUGAAUGUGGUUGGAUGCCAUGAAGAGGAUGGUGAGAUUAAGGAAUUUACUCAAAUGGGUUAAGGUGGAGUGCUGUGUGUGACAACCUCUUAUGCCACCAGAAGAAAAGAAUAAAUGAUUGAAAAUCA